CGACUACUUCCUGCCGAAGACUCAGAGACUAUUUCUCUAACCUUAACACCUAACCUGCAGAGCGGAAAGAACAAAUGGGUACAAGUCUGGCUCGCUACAGUGCACCUCCCGGGUCUCCAAGCCUUUUCAAGAAGCUUUAUUCCCUCGCACCCACAAACAUGGUUUCAAAUUUUACGCCAUAUGGUCCGCUGUGACACUUUCUGGGUCCGAAGCUUGGGGUUAUGAACAGGCGAGAGCUUUGCAAGGCCUUCUGUUACCGCACUCGUCUGGGUUUUAUCGCUUUGAGCUCCCAUGCCGCCAGAUUGUUGUUGGGCAUGUGAUGGAAUACAUCGAAGACGAUUCGUUCGAACGAGACUAUGAAGCCAUGGUCGAUGGCUCGUUCUACUCGAUGGAGAGUCGACUCAAGAGGAAACCUUUACUAGAGCAACUUGCUCUUUGUGUUUAUUGCCUGCAUCUUUGUGGCGCUCAUCAUGGCGACCUGUCUCCAAGGAACAUACUGCAAAUACAUGGGCCGUCACCUUUCUUUGUGUUUUUCGAUUUUGCUCGGUGCUAUCCAUAUUCUAUCGAUACGGUGAAAGGUACAUCCGAUCGGCCAGGAUUAUGGCAGUGCCUAGUGGAAAUUGAGUCUUCGGAGAAUGUUGUUGCCUGGGUGGAACCCCAGUUCGUUCGUGGCGAGCCUUGGGCGGUCAACGUUUUCACGGAAGAGGUCUUCGAGCAAUUCAAGGAAUCGAUUCCCGACACAGAGGACCCGUAUCUCUUAUAUGUUCAGUAUCUGAAGCAAGAGCGCGAAAAGCCAAAACGAUCAAAGGUGCGAGAGCAUUUGUCAACGCCACGAAGCCCAAUAUCCACGGAUCGAGAUGAGAUUGCUCAGUGGGCUACGAACUUUGGAGUGCCUAGAGUCGAAUGAAUGCACCUGAUUGCAGAGCUCGUAGAAUUCAUUAAUAGGU